UGCGUAAUGUUAAUCGUAGGCGAUUUAAACAUUAAUCAAGCAAAAUAAACACGUUUCACCCUUGACAAAUAGUGUUUGUCGGUUUCCAAUGUUUCCAUAAAUAAAACACCGUCGGUGGUUUCUGUACCUACAAUGGCAAUUAAUGACUUAGAUUCGUAUUAUAUAAACGCAAUAGGAUCAUUACAUUCUCGUGACUAUUUAGUUAAAAGAGAACCUUCACAUCUUCAAAUAAAUUUAGAAGAAGCAAUAAAGAGCAAGUAUGGAAUUACAAAGGAUUAUGGUCCUUUAAUUGCAACAACACACAAUCGGGCCCCCGAAGAAAUUAUAAUUCCUGUAAUCGAGGAGAGCAAAGCGACCACCUCAAGUUCCGAUAAUGAAUUGGAACUUGAUUUAUUUAAUGAAGAUUUAAUGUGUAUAGUCUGCAAUGGUAUGGAUGUUGCUGCCCGUAAUCGUCUUCUUGAAUGCUCCGACUGUCACUCGCUGUAUCAUCAGGAAUGCCAUCAUCCGCCUGUCAACUCGUCGGAUGCCGAUGGUACAUGGACCUGUCAAAAUUGCAAGGAUGUAUCUAAAUGCUUAAAGGCUACACCUCCCGCGUCACCAUCCCACGCUGGUGCAAGCUCGUCGUCGAAGAGCACGUCUAAAAGUUCAUCUCAGAGACCUUCCGUUGUCGUUCCGAAAGUACACUUCAACAUAACAAAACCAGCGCCAGUUUCAAAUGUAAAAAAUUCUGUUAACGUUAACAUAAUUAGCGCUGAUAAGCGUUUACAGAUCAUGAAGAAGAAGGCUGCCAAGAUGCAUGAAAAACGUAAACAGUGUCCACGUUAGAAAGUCAUUUGGUUCACGAAAUGAUCAAUUGCAUGUUUCGUAGAUUGUUGAGUUAGUUGCAGUGGUGACCGAAAAUCAUCAAGGAAUCUUUUGUUCCUGCUCAUUUAAUUUUAUUUAUAGUAAUUAUUAGCGAUGUAAUUAAUGUAUAUAAAUUGUAUGAAUGUUAAUUGUAAGUUUUCCAUUGUUAAUUACAUUUUUAUAGAUGUUUCAUAA